AACGAUAUCACGUGACCCACGCUAACCGCCAUCUUUGCUUAUCGUAUAAACAGUGCGACCGGGCUCAGCGCGAAUUCUUGUUGAGAAAUCAUAGUUUUCUAGUGUUCUUAAGUGAUCCAAGUACGAAGAAAUGUCUGAUAUCAAGGCAGAGAGCAAGAAUGAUAAUAGCAUCGAAGAUGUACCAAAGGAUCAGUCGACAGAGGAGAAAUCAACACCAACUAAAAACAGACGCGGUGGAACGAAAAGACUAUCAACGUUUGAGAGAGCAGCACAAGAAAGUAAAGAAAUUACAAAGAAUUUAAGUCCAAGCGGGGAAAUGGAAGGAAGGAGACGUACUCGUAGUUCAGCUCGUGGUUUGACAGCAUCAUUGCCAAUACCUUCACCACCAAAGAAAGAAAAAAGAGAGCCAGCAACACCAAGAGGUACUGGACGUGGUCGUGGACGUCCCAAAAGACAAGAGAAAAAUAAUGAAAACAAUACGGAUGAGGAGGCUUCAAAUAAUAAAAAUGAAAAGCAUUCUGAGGAGGAAUCUUCAAAAAUGGAAGUUGAAGAAAGUAAAGAAAGUAAAGACACAGAGGUAUUAGAGAACGAAGAUAAAGCUGUAGAAGAGGUUGAAAGUAAAGAUGCGACUGAUAAAUUGCCUGAAACAAAUUCCAAGGAAAAUAAAGGAACGGAAGAAUCAGAAAAUUCUGCAGAAGAAUCUUCUAAAAGCACUGGUGUAAGUGAAGAAAAGAAAGACGAGGAUAUCAAGGAUAGUUCAGAUUCGAGUCAAGAUGCGACAGAUUCAACGGCAGAAGUACCACCGUCUUCAUCGGAAUCCCAAAAUCCUUCUAAUGUCACUCCUUCUGAUGAAAAUAAGGAAUAACCUUCUUCCGCCUAUUUUAUCACAUUCUUAUCAGGUACGAAGGCGGCGCACACAUUGGGGUAUACAAAUCCACGCCCCAGGUCUAUUCUAACUAAUUGACACCUUGUUGCCAAUCGUUAUUCUAAUCAGCGCAUUUUGUUAUUUGUUAAUUAUGAUGAUUUGACAUUCAAACAUUUUUGUUUGAAUUAUUCGUAACAAGAAUAAAAAAAAAAAAAAAA